ACGAGAAGCCUUAAAAGCGGGUACAACAAAGACUUAAGUUUAUAAAAGGAAGUCUGUAAUAAAAAAUAUAUUUAUUUUCAUAUACGAAAGCUGAUUUUAAAUUAAUUUUAAACAAAUAAGCUAUUUAGGCAGUUCGGUGUUAACGAUAAUCCCAAAUUACUCGACACUACUUUUUUUGAGACAAAACGUAAUAGUAGCAGCGUAACCAUGUGUUUUUUAAGCCAGCGUCUUAAAUUUGUUUUUAUUUUUUUUGUUCUUGUAAACGUAUAAUUUGACAUUAGUGUCGGCAAACGUGAUCCAGUCAUAAAUAAACAAGUUUUGUUUUCUUUUUUUGCUCACACUGUGUGUUUUUUUAUAGUUCUAUUCUUCAAAUCCUGAGAAAGUAGUUGGUGAUUAAAAUAGAAAAAAAAAUUAAAAAUGCUGGAACUUUUAAAUUUCAAUUUAAUUUUUGUUGCUAAGAUCGUACUUAUUAUAUUUGUAAAAGUCCAUGUAGCAAACACUUGUUGUAAAGGUUGUAUUGAUGUAGAUGAACUCACAUUUGAAAAAGUAAUGGUAAAAUAUCCAUACACUUUGGUCAAAUUCGAUAUUUCGUAUCCUUAUGGAGAAAAACACGAGGAAUAUGCUAAAUUUGCUAAAAAUUAUGCCAAGAAAAUCAUUCAUGAUUUGUUGAUUGUCUGUGUUGGAGUAAAGGAUUACGGAGAUAAAGAUAAUAUGGAUUUAGCUUUAAAAUAUUCAGUUGACAAGAACAAAUUUCCUGAAAUUGUGAUUUUCAAAAAUACCACUUUGCAUGCUAGAUGGCCUGGUUAUUUAGAUAUUAAAUAUGAAAAUAUCAAAAAAUUUAUAAAGGAAAACACAGAACUAUAUAUAGGUCUUGAUGGAUGUUUAAAAGAAUUCGAUGAUAUAGCUGCAAAAUUUAUGAAAACUUCGAAUGUCGAUGAAAAGAGUUUGAUUCUAUCUAAUUCAAAAUCGCGUUCCGACAUUGUAAAGGGCACAUCUAACAUAUAUAUUUUAACAAUGGAAAAAAUUCUCAAAUUCGGAAACAAUUUCAUUAUUGAUGAGAAAGUAAGGCUUGAAAAGCUUUCAAAAACCAAAAUUAGCUCCAGUAAAAAAAAAGAAAUCAGUCAGAAACUUAAUAUACUUAAAAUAUUUAAUAGUUAUAUGCCUAAAAAUGAUGAACUUUAA